CUAUGGUCUAAUGCCUGGUUUUCAUGCGAGGAAAGCUUUGGUUGGUGGGCUGGUACUUCUGCUGCUAGAGGCACAGGACCUCAUAGGGCUGCGGCAGCUUUGUUUCGGCGUCUUCCAUCUAUACCAUGUGAAGAGAGUAUGUACGAAUGGCUCGGUGGUUCUCCGCUUUGCGACAAUCUGACCACGGAUUGUGAAGCUGUACCGUCUCAAACUGAUGAUCGGAUGUUAGAAUAUCAAUGUAAAUGCAGUUCAGAUCAUUGGCACGCAACUGGUGGUAAUUGGAUAAGUGGCAGAAAGUUAUCUGAAAUAGGCCAAUUGAGUUGUACUCCUUGUGGCUUGGGAAGUAACUCCACAGCAUGUCUCCCGGAAGUAUUCAGAGCUGUGUUACUUGGUGCCAAUCUGUCUGGCAUGCUCCUGUGUUUGAUAAUUGGACUGAUUGUUUUCAAAAAAAGGAAAAGCAAAGCGGUGGCUAUGGGGAUGUGGACAGUUUUAGAAGUUGUUCUUAUUGGCGCAAUGUUUAUGUAUGGCUCGGCUGCUUCUCAGUACAUAUCGUCGGCCAGGUGGCGCUGCGUCACUGGUGCCUGGCUUCGAGAACUUGGCUUUGUUGCUUCGUAUGGCUCCGUAGUGCUGAGACUGUGGGUUUUGCUGGCUGAGUUUAGGACGAGGAAAGCUCACAGGUGGACCCCUAGAGACGCUGAGGUGCUCCGGAUAGUGGCGGCGAUGAUCAUAGGAGCUGGAUGUUAUCUUGCUGCGUUCACGGCAACCUCAGCAUGUGAGGAAACUGUGGGGGGAGGGUGUGCCCGAACCUCCUGGCAUCAUGUUACAGCUGCUGCAGAAAUUCUGUUGCUCAUGGCUGGGCUCAGGAUAUCGUAUGCUGCAAGAAACGCUAACGUGCCAUUUCAAGAACGAUGCUGGCUAGCCGCGUGUCUCUGGCUAGAGGGCACGUGUGGUGUAUCAUGGCGUAUGUCAGCCCUGGCCGGCGUGGCUCCGGAGCGGUCACCGCUGGCUGCAGCGGCGAGGGCUCACCUGUCUUCAGGGGGGGUUCUUGCCUGUGUCCUGGCACCAAGAUUGUGGCACGGCUGUCGAGCCAGAUCGCUUGCACAGGAGGUAUCACGACGUGGCCCUGCAGAAGGGUUUGGUCUAGACUGUGAGGAGGAACCAACUUCGGAAGAAGUCCGAGCUGAACUGAAGAGGCUUUACUUACAACUGGAGGUUAUGAGAAGUACUUCACUGCGCUGUAACAACCCACAUAUUAGCAAGCGUAGAGGGGGAAGGAAAAACCCACAUCGGCGGUUUUCAUUGCAAGCAUUACAGGCGCGUCGUGGGGGCAAGAACAAAAGUAGUACAGCAGAAGCGAGCGAUGUGGGAGAUGUAUCGAGGACUCCUGAGGACUCUAUUUGUUCUGCUGAAGGUCCGUCGCACUACACUGAAGGAGAGACACAAGCAUAGGCAGUACGUUCAUAUAACAUUGAAGUGAUGAUUAUUGAUGAUAUUAGAAUAAUACAUCAAUAUUCAAAUAUUGAUUCUUGCCUUCUUGAAUGUAAAUUCCGAAGACCUGAGUCUCGAACUAGAAUUUGGCGAGUCAAUAUCGGAUGCCUCAUGUAGAGGUGAUACACGUGUCGAAUUGAUUGAAAACGAAUCUUAGCAGAAUUAACACUCAUGAAGCCUCACAACAUUGAUGAUAUUAUGGUAAAUGAGACUACAAGAUACAAGCAAGUCGGUAGCAUGCAAACCUUUGAAGAAUUACUCUCUGUCUGUUAACAUAGAAAUAUAAAUAUGAAGCUUCUAGAAACGUUAUAUGUGUGUGUAACGGUAAUAUGUUAUACACCCUAUAUUACAUUGCUACGAACACUUGCAGCACAACACAAGUUAUAGAACAGUAGCAUGGCUCAGCGGUCUCCUUGAAAUAUAUACCUACGUCUGGGCGGAGCGCUAGGGUUGGUACCUGUACAAAGAUAGAUGACACGGACUGCGCGGCGCAGCUAAUUGAACUCGGGCAGCGACCAAUAGCCCUAUUACCAAAAUCGAAAUAGGAAGUUUCGUAUAUUUUCCUAUUACGAAAGUUAUUCGGAUACGAAGUUCGCGAUUAAACAUAUUGUCAUUCGUUUACCUUAUUCCCAAAUUCUCUUGAGAUUAAUAAGGUCGUAACUACAACUUCACUUUAUGGUUAUGUCUAUGGUUCUAAAACGAUUCGUGCGCACUAUUCGGAUCUGAAGUACUUUGGUAAUAGGAUUUCAGUCUCGGCGGCGUACGGCGUGGCACUCCAUAGUUUUAUCUUCCCAAGAUUGCUUAGCGGCUGUGUAAAUCGUGUGUUUAUGUGUGUGUGUGUUGAACGGGCGCUCUAGUAUGAAGUUAUAAUACUGUUCUAUCACUGGUGCUUGCAGUGCUAUCGGAUAUCGAAGGACAUGUACAACAAUGAUGUGUAAAAUGACUGUUAUCUUAUGUAAAUUAAGAAUCUCGCAGAUAAAUAUGAGCGCCAUAUACGAGUAUUUGUAAUCAGAAUUAUCAGUUUAGCAAAAUUCCUAUUUUCUUUUCAAUACGAUUUGUUUGAUUGUGAAAUGAAAUUUGAUUUAUUUGCAGGAAACAUUGUACUUAAGAUGUUAACAUAAUAUUAUUGAUAAUCCAAUAUGUUUCGUCAAUUGACAUGCAAAAUAUGUUACAAAAUUGUCUAAACACUACUGUUAUACCGAAACAUGUCGGAUUUCACAAUGCUAUCAUUAAUAUUUAUAAAAUUAAAAUUUAAAGAUAUUAUAAUAUGGGACGUAAAAUUGUGCGUGGCCUUCUGCCUCUCUUUCACUCAUACCAGUGUACGUGGCUGGCGUUGCCUUCUAUCGCUUUCUCUACUCUAUGGUCUACUUUUGAAAUUUGAAUAUUCGUUGCAAUCAGGUGUUUCGUAUAACUUUUCUGUCGAUUAUAAAAUUAUAACGUGUAAAUUGCCCCUCACUUUUUUUUAAUUAUUUUUUGGAGGUUAAUUUAAAGGUUCGCUUGUUUCUGGUGUCCUGGGCGGCACUGUUUAUUAUAAUUACGAAUGCUCAUAUUUUUAUAUACAAUGUGUCCCGGCAUGUAGUAAUAAAACUAUAGGAGUAGUAACUAUAAACUAUUUCAUCGAUGAAAAUACCCCAUAUAGGGGGUCAAUUACAAAACCCUACUAGUCUGCUGCUACUUUUAUUUUUAUUUUUAGUUCUUUAGUUCCACGUCUUGUAGGGGCGCAAUGCCCCUAGAACUUUAAUCGCCAUUCACAAUUUAAGGUGAAUUUUGCUAAGAUUACAAUAACAGUAGCUGCUGACUAGUUUUGGAAUUGACCCAAUGUGGGGUAUUUUAAUCGAUGAAAUAGUUUAUAGUCACUGUUCAUAAAGUUUUAUUACGACACUGUAUAGGAUGUUUGCUAAUAAAAUAAUGUUAACUCUUUAAUUCGUAGUAAUGUUAGUAUUAGGCGGAGUUCUUGUUUUCUGUAUUUGAUUUUUGAAGCUUGCAAAAUUCUAUUUUUUUCGUGGGAGCAUUCCUCCGCAGUGCAAAUUAUGAGGAACUCUAUAGCAUCGCACAACCAAACUAUGGAAUGGGCUUUGUUGUGUGGUGUUUCCAGAUCCAUACAACAUAAUUUUGAGUAAAUAAUAUCAUUUUCUCAAACAUGCAUGGAAAUAUUGUCAUUAUUUUCGAAGAAAGAAUACGUGAAGUAUCGUAUUUUCGGACAAAGAAAAUCAAAUCCAUUGCAGGAGCGUUUUUUAAAUUUGGAACAUUACAACGCUCCUUCAAUGUUGUAUGAAACGGCGUGCUGGGGUUAUUAAAUACUCUUUGAUCGGAUCUCUCUUGUCAUUCUUGGAAUAACAUAGUCCCUUUGCAUUUGCCUGUCGGAUGGAUGAUAAAAAAAAUAAAAGUAAAGCUGUAAAGCUGAAAAUUCGUCUUGAUUUGUUAUACGUACUUAAUAAAUAUUUAUUUAAUAAUAAUUAAAAUGAGUUUCACCGGUUCAGAUAGUGAAGUGGAGGUUGAUUGUACUCAACCAGAUUUAAAGAUCAGAAGCCAAAUUGGCAAUGGAAAACCUGCUUCCAGCGAAGUCAAAAGUAAAAUACAUGGAGGUAUAUGAAAAUUUUAUGAGUUGGAUAAACGAGAAAAAAGUGAACAUUUUCUCCGAAACAGUAUUUUUGGCAUAUUUUAAUGAGAUUUCUAAAACUAAAAGGCCAUCAAAUCCAAAAACAUUAUGGGCAAUUUAUUAAGUGCUACAACGUUCAUGUUAAAAACGGCAUAAACUUAAAAAAAUAUGGGAGUUCAACUACUUUUAAUUUAUAUUAUAUAUAAAAAGUGUGUUUUAUUUCCCUGCAUUCUUUAGAGAAUAGCACUAUAUAUGUCUCAGCGGGAAUUGGCAAUUGCCUGUCGCGUAUUUAGUGAAGUCUUCGCUACUCGACCUGCAAUUGCCUACUUCCCGGCCUUUGCAAUAAUGUACUAUUGCAUAGACGGACCAGCAAAAUAUUAUGAACAAUCAAUUUAUCUCUUGAAGUGUAUAUAUGUGAAAAUAGUGGUUGAUGAAUUGGUUGGUUCCCGAAAAAAAUGAAAAUAGAUGGUAUUUAUGAUAAAAUUGGGUUGAUUGGUUACAUUAUUAACUACAUAAAAGUAAUAAUAAAAAAAUCAGGUCAUGAAAAUACUUUGACAUAUUAAUUAUUAGGCGCGCUACAGACAGAGCAACUUUAAGCCCAGUAUUGCGGCAACAGACUAGCCAUUUGAAGUUUAUACAAUUAAAAGAAACUGCGCAGACAUGUCGAUUAUAGUACGACAACUUUGUGCGCGAGCGUCUCCCACAAGGUGUCGGACUAUGUAUUAUGGCUGUGAUUAUAAAUAAUUGUCUUCAUUUUCUGCCCUCGAUCACUAAAUGAGUUUCUAAUUGCCACAACUAGAAACUGUCGAAUUGCACUAUUUGUUUCUAUAUGCUGGUUACUCCAACCGUCAAUUUUUACACAAUAUAUCCUCAUCAUUUGAGUGAUUCCGCUUCUAUCCAUCCCUCGCUGAACCAGUCUUGGUGCUUUUUCUUAGAGAUCCUUAAUCCCAAUCACUGCUAUCUUAGAAUCGGAAUAUUUAUAUUUGGAAUCCUACUAUCCUAGGCGUUUGGAUGAUUUAGCUUCUACGACAGAUACAGCGUCUGUGCAUACAAGGGUCAGUAACUAUGCCCAAUGAGUUAGAGGUUCACUAGGAGGUUUACCAGUGGCAGGCUCCCUUGCACAAGAUGCCGGCUAGAUUAUGGGUACCACAACGGCGCCUAUUUCUGAUGUGAAGCAGUAAUGUUUAAGCAUUAUUGUGUUUUGGACUGAAGUAUUUCGUAGCUAUUGAAAUUACUGAGCAAGUGAGACUUAACGUCUGACGUCUCAAUGUGACGAAUGCAAUUGUAGUGCCGCUAAGAAUUUCUGGGGUUUUCAAGAAUCCUGAGUGGCACUGCAUUGUAAUGGGCAGGGCGUAAAAAUUACUAUCAGCUGAACGUUCUGCUCAUAUCCCUUACUGUCAUAGGUAUAUCGCAUUAAAUAUCAUAUACCGUUGUCUUGCACAAGGCUAUGCCGUGGUUGUGGCUAGAUAAUUUAUGUAAAAGAGUGUCAAUGUUUCAGAAAAUAACUAUUUGAUAUUUUCUUUAGCUAAUGUUGCUCUGUGUGCGGAGAGCCUAAUAGUCAUGAGUAGUAAAAAUCAGGAUUUGUGUUAACACAACUUCAACAUUACAUUAAUAAAUAUAUUAUUGUAAAUGAUAAAUUCUAAACUUUUUCUAAGAAGUUCGAACGUUAGGUUAAUAUGUGUUACCUAUAUCUCUUGCUGAAGCGGUUUGGUGUAUCGAUAAAAACGUGUACUCGUAUUACUAAAUUUAUAUACUACAGACUAGUACUUACUAUAUAUUAUAUACGUUAACAUUCUUGUAAGAUCUUAUAUUUAUAUGACUUUUAUGAUAUCUUUACUAAUUUGAAACGUUUAUAUUUGAAAUACAUAUCUAUGUAUGUUUUGCUGUGUAAUUUUUAAAUGUUUUUUUCUGUCCUGUGUAAGAUUAAUAGUGACACUGCGAUCACAUAUUUUAUCGAUGACAUGUUACAAUUUGUAAGAGCCACUCUUUAUUGAAUAUUGUGGUUUCAGAUUCGUAUAUGUGUAAGAAAUUAAGAUUUUAGACUUUAUGCUUCAUCAACCCUGAAUACACCUAGUACGUAUAAAGCGCGAGUUGAAUGCAGAAUUCAGGAAUACGAUAGUGUUGUAACCUAAUUAUUUUUUUAUUUAUUAAUAUAAGGAAUUAAUUAUGAUUGAUGACCAUUGUCGUGAGUGUGUCGAUAAAUUUAAACAAUGAUUCAAGUUUACCAUUUUAACCAAAUUAUUAAAUAUCAAAUUUUUGUUCUGACUUUCUUCUCGUGCUUGACCAGGAAAACUCGUUUUUUUGGAAGCUUGAUGGAGUUGGACCAGUCAUUAUUUUAAUAAAAAAAACACGGUAUCGCAACUCCAGUACUAACGCGUUAACACGGCAAGCUACGACUACGGAACAGCACUACACUGUAGGCACACGAGGCUCUUUACUCCAGACUCCGACUGCAUUCAACUCGCGCGAUAACUGUGGAUGACAUUUUUACGUGUUAUGCCAAACUCGCGGGACAUAAUAUGUAAAGACAUAUUUAGAUAUUAUAUUAAAACCUUGACUAAAGCUGCUUUUAAUAGAUCCUACUUUUUAGUAACGUCCUCUAUUAAUUUUCAAAAAGCGAUCCGUCCAACAAAGUCACACAAGUGCGCGGAAAUUGUCAGUAAGUCUUUAACUCUGCAUCAAGAGGACUAUAAUAUAGAGUAAGUAAGAAUCCAUCAAACACUCGACUUACCUUACGAAGUGGGUUCGUCCGAGAUUGUCGCGAUCAUAGAUAUAAACUGUACUAGCAAAUAGACAAACAAAGCGCACGAAAGAGAAAAAUAUCUCUGAGAUAUAAAUGAUAGGAAAGGAAAGCGAAUAUAUUGUUACUGUAGUGUACUGACAUCUAGUCUUAACAGAGAAUGUGUUAACUAUCAUUGUCACUGUCACGACAUCGACAGUGACGUUAACCGUGUGACGUUGAGUGCUAUAUAAAGAAUGCACAGUACAGCGGAAGGCCUGUUCUAAUCGGCUGUUGGUUGCGUGCGGACGUGUCCGGGUGUAGUGCUACAUAGUAAAGAUUAGUUGUUUCAAUCGUGAGCAAACGAUGAACAUUACAGUUACUGUAACCGAUUUUGAUUGUCAAGUCGUAAACAGUCAGCCGCGCUUUAUUUGCGCUUCCAAGUAUUUUGAAUAGCUAACGGCCACAUUGACAAUAUCGAAAUUGGUCACAGAUUAUUAGUCUCUCAAAUAGUCUAUAUGGUAGUAUAAUCUAAGUCUAUGGUUAAGAUAGUAUUCUUAAAGAGAAAGAAAUAUGAAUAAAUAUUGUUAAUAAACAUUAGUGGGGUAAAAGCAAAAUUAAACUGAUAACAUUUUUUAAUCACUGAUAAGUAAACGAAGACAGUAUAAACCGGCCGUCCUUUGUACUUAUUUUGAAAAAAAAUAUUAUCCACUAACUAUUUCCUUACCCAACCUCCAUUUUGGGAUCGUAAUAAAGUCAUAGGUACGCUUAGUAUAGUAAGACAUUGUAAAUAUAUACCAAUAAAAUAAUUUAUGGUUAGGUAGGUACUAAUUGUUGAUUUUGAUGUUGAAUUGAUGUUCCGUUACCGGUGUUAGUAAUGCAGCGUGUUAUGAAAACAGUCAUUGAGGUACAACCAUCUCUAGUGUAAAUGUUGUAGAUGUAAGGCUGUGUAUGUUUCGCAUUUUGAGUGGUACGUGUUUACGCGAUGUUUAAUAUGUAUUUGUAAAUAAAGAUCCAUGUUUAAAAA